GAAACAGCCCGCAAAGACAGAAAGUGGUUAGCAGCGUUAGCAGAUAGCAGCCUGCACUGUUCACCUGUGUAAUAAAGCAUCAGACUCAGAGCUGUCAGCUGUUUGAGACAACGGAAGCGAGUAAAAUCAGUGGCGAUGGCUGGAGGAUCCGGAAGUGAAGAUUUAUUUGAUAACAUUCUGUUGGCGGAUGAAAGGUUCCGGGGGGAGGGCUUCCAGGAGGGCUUUGAGAGAGGGCGCCGCCGAGGGCUGCAGGACGGCCGCAGACACGGGGCCUCUCAUGGGGCCAAACUGUCCACUGAGAUUUCCUUCUAUUAUGGGUUUGCCAUCACAUGGAAAUGUCUCCUCAACCCUAAUACAGAUGUCAAAUCCAGGAAGCGUAUGAAGGUGCUGGAGGCUCUGCUGGGUUUGAUCCAGAACUGUCCUCAUGAUGAUCCUCAGUCUGCAAAGCUCCAGGAGAACAUGGAGAAGGUCCGUGCCAAGUUCAGACAGGUCUGCUCUAUGCUGAGUGUCCCGACUGACUUCAACGAUUACAUCAAAACUUCUGAAGGGACUACUUUCUGAUCCUCCUGAGGGGGAGGUGCUGAGCCACCUCUGCGUCCUGGCAAAGGAGAGUGGGGGGGGGGGUCUGCUGUUGGUCUGCAGUCGAUUCUCUGUAGGCUCUCUGUGAAGCAGCCAUCUUUGAGAGGAGUCUGCUUCACAUUCUGAUGAGAAGCUGUGUGACGUGUAGGAGGGUCCUCAGUCCUCAGUGAGGAGACACUGCUGGGACUCCUUCCUGUUGGGCGUGCAGAGUGAUAUUCCACAGCCUGGAACAAGGAGAAAGAACGUGUUUAUGGUUUGACUUUGUUAAAUGAGUGGAUUUAUUGCAGUGAUGUCUGAGCCACUGAAAUUAAACGGCAACAAAAGUCACCAAAAUAAAAUCUUGGAACAA